AUGCCGCCCCAACCAGGGAUUUUCCCCCUCCCGCAUGCGACAACGCACAAGACACGAGCGGCCAACAACGCUGAUGCGGGAGACCUGGUGUACCACCACCAGCCCGCCGCGGGGCCCAGCAAGACCCAUGAGGAACAGAGGCGGGAGAAGAGGAAGAGGGAGCUCAUGAGCAAGCUCGGCAAGGACAUGACCGACCGGAUGGACAUCGGAAGACACUACGCGGAGGUCAUCUCGGACCUGCACAGCACGGCCAUACAGCUCUCGACGCGCCCCGAGACGCUCCCCGCGUACCACCUGCGGCUGUACCCCCUCUCGCUCGAGCGCUCCGCGCUGCUCGCGGCGCUCGUGCACCAGGAGGGGCACUCGCUGGACCUGGUGCAGACCGCGUACGAGGAGGAGCGCGAGGAGGUGGAGGAGGAGUGGCGCAAGGGCCGGGAGCGCGUCCGCGAGCGCCUCCUCGAGAGCAUCGAGGAGCGCCGCCGCCGCGCGCGCGAAGAGAAGGACGGGGAGGGCGCAGUGACAGACGCGGGCCUGGACUCGCAGUCGCGGGCACACAACACGCGUAAGCUGCGCAACAAACUCGCGGGGACGUCCCCGCCGCCUACGCCGCUUUCCAGCGCGGGUCCUGGCCAGGGCACCAACGGCAUCCUCGCGACUUCUGGGACCAUCGCCUCGGGCCCGCUGCUCAACCCGCACUCGCUUUCCGUCGACGAGCUCCCCUCGCCGUUCCCGCUGUCCCUGACGUCCACACAUCCAAGACACAGCUCUGGACACGGUAAUGCUAGUGGGCCAGGCGCGGCGGGCAAUGGGCGGCGGCGGCCGAAGGCCCCGCCGCGCGAAGUGCAGGCACCCGGCGCGCCCACAAAGGCGGUCCUGUACCUCGAAAGAGUUAUUCCGGCGGAGGUCGACUCGGACCUUAACGAGAUCAUGCGAGGCAACAAGCGUCGGCGGGUCGCAACGACCAGCUUGCUGGGCAAGGCGUAGUGCAUUGUGCUUUGGAUUCGUCUCACUUGUGACCCACGAUGGUCUUGGAUAUCAUUGGCAGUACCUGAUCGUUUCGCCGUUCGCAAGCGUCGGUUACUACUUUUGGGGUGCGUGUUUAUGGGCACCGCAGGUGGGGUGUGGUGAAGGGUAUGGUCGUGUCCGGCCCCUAGGCGAUGCUAACGGGAAUCCUUAUGCAUCACAAUGGACUUCUCAACCGAACAGCAACAUCAUGUCUAAGAUAUCUAACAUACCAAGUUCGGGAGGUGGCGAGUAAGGACCCGCCAUGAACCUAAGAAA